GCUCGUGAACUUGGCGGAGAGGAGGGGUUUGGGGCGCUGGCGCGGAUGGUCACACACGGGAAACGUGCAAACAAACAAACAUUGGGAACGACCGUGGGGGCUUUCGCUGUGUUCUCGGAAGUUGCGAGCGACUCGAGCAAAUGUUAACUUUUCCUGAGCAUGUGCGGGUUCGCUCAGCGACGGAGCUUCACUGACUGGAUAUAAGCCGAAGAUACCGGUGAUCUGCCGCUGCUUCGAACUGCUGGUUUUGCGGCAUCAGUAAUCUCUUCGGGCCGGGGAUAAACUGCGACUGCGAGGCUGGCUUGGGCCGGCGGGGUCACGAUGAUGGAAGCGCCACUGGCGCCGCAGCAGCGUGCCCCGCUCGGAAUGCAUCCCGGAGGCUUAGGCAUGGCCCCCUUCGGCAUCGAGCCCAUCGCCGCCGACCCGGAGCCAGCCAUCGUCAAGGAGGGCUGGCUCAACAAGCGAGGGGAACACAUCAAGAACUGGCGGAAGCGCUACUUUGUGCUACGUGAGGAUGGCACGCUGAUUGGGUUCAAGCUUAAGCCUGAGCAUAGCCACGCCGACCCUCUGAACAACUUCACUGUAAAAGGCUGCCAGCUGAUGAAGUCUGAGCGGCCGAAGCCAUUUACCUUCAUCAUUCGUGGCCUGCAGUGGACGACGGUCAUUGAGCGCAUGUUCUGCGUAGACUCUGAAGAUGACCGGGAGGGUUGGUGCCGGGCCAUCCAGCAGGUGUCCGAAAAGUUGGCGAGCGAGGAGGACGUCGAGAUGGCAGAGCCCAAGGACGAGCAGUCGCUGCGCGACAAGUUCAGCAUCUCAACGCGCACGUACGCGACAGGCAACCGACUCAGCCUGGACAACUUUGAGUUCCUGAAGGUGCUCGGCAAGGGCACCUUCGGCAAGGUGGUGCUGUGUCGCGAGAAGUCCACGGAGUCCCUGUACGCGAUCAAGAUCCUCAAGAAGAAGGUGGUCAUAGACAAGGACGAGGUGGCCCACACGCUGACCGAGAACCGGGUGCUGCGCAGCACCAAGCACCCGUUCCUCAUCUCGCUGCGCUACUCCUUUCAGACGGCCGACCGGCUCUGCUUCGUCAUGGAGUACGUCAAUGGCGGCGAGCUCUUCUUCCACCUGUCACGUGACCGCGUCUUCACAGAGGAGCGCACCCGCUUCUACUCGGCUGAGAUACUGCUCGCCCUCGAGUACCUGCACAGCCAGGGCAUUAUCUACCGGGACCUGAAGCUGGAGAACCUCCUGCUGGACAGGGAGGGCCACGUCAAGAUUGCCGACUUUGGCCUGUGCAAGGAGGACAUCUCUUUUGGGUCCACGACAAAGACCUUCUGUGGCACGCCCGAGUAUCUGGCACCCGAGGUGCUGGAAGACACCGACUACGGCCGGGCCGUCGACUGGUGGGGGCUGGGCGUCGUCAUGUACGAGAUGAUGUGCGGUCGCCUGCCCUUCUACAGCCGAGACCACGAUGUGCUCUUUGAACUGAUCCUCGUCGAGGAAGUCAAAUAUCCCAAGAGCAUGAGCCCCGAGGCGAGGCACCUGCUUUCGGGCCUGCUCGUCAAGAACCCGAGGCACCGGCUGGGCGGCUCGGUCAACGAUGCCGCCGACAUCAAGGUGCACCCCUUCUUCCGCUCCGUCAAUUGGGACGAUGUGGCCCAGAAGAAGGUGACCCCGCCCUUCAAGCCGCUGGUGACCUCCGACACGGACACACGCUACUUUGACCAAGAAUUUACUGGCGAGACCGUCGAGCUGACGCCGCCUGAGGAAGGCCCCCUGAACUCCAUAUCGGAGGAGUUUGAGCAGCCCUACUUCCAGCAGUUCUCCUACCACGGCAGCACAGGUGCCCUGUGCGGUGGGGGACGCGGCUACUCGGCCGGUGACCGCAAGGCCAUCCUCUCCUGAGCGGAGGCCCUCAUUGGAACUUGGGAACAGUGCGGGGCACAGCUGAGGCACAACGCGCCAUUUAAGACUGCUCGGUGCACGCACGUCGUCGGCCACAGUGAAAAACACAGAACACACGAGCCACUUAAGGAUGAAACGUGUCGUCCAUCGAAGGUUACCCCUCCCCCCCCAAGCCCUCUUUUAUUGCUUAUUAUUGUUCAUACGAAUGAUUUUAUGAUUGCAGAUGCAGUUGUUUGGCCUGGCAUGUUGUCUUCGUGUGUACUACUACGUCCUUCUUCACUAUGUUUCGGGAGAGCUUGUGCAAGCAUUGUGCGUCCCAGAAGGAAGGACACAAAUAUUUACCGCAUCCACCGUCUAUGUUCAACUCUCAAAGGGUGCAACGAACCGCGACACGCCGACACAAUCUUUCUGGGGGAUUGGCUACAAAAAUGUCUUCCGAGCUUGUGUCUUCUUUUUUUUCUUAAAAACUGAGCCGCGCUUGUUGGCAUUGGUCUGCUACAUGCCAUACUACUAUAACAUCUUGAUGAUGUGAUUUUAUGGGAUCCUCGUGAAGGUUUAGCAUUUUCGCUAACGACAUUCACAGCACCUAAGUGCGAGUAAGAUGUCCUCGUUUACUACGUCAGUAACUCUUGUAUGAAGGUGGUCUUGACAGCUUUCUGGUCCUUUAUUUCCUCAAUGUUGUCGGGUAGACACUUUCAGAAUACGCAAGACGUUUCGCGUACCUAUCCAGAUAUCAGUGUAUGUCUCUGCAAAUGCUUUGUCCAAGAUCACAAAGUCUAUUUCCUCUAACGACUUGGCAACUAUGCACCACAGCCAUAAAUAGUCUUGCUCUGAAAGUUUUCCUGGCGGCCUAAAAUUCGUAUUGACACGGCUCAGUGUACCACGUGAGCCAUCUCAAAAUGUAGUAUGUUUUAGACAACUCUUCAGAGAUCCAUAGAAUCAUAAAAUCCAGGUAAUUGUGGUUAUAUUAUUGAGGUUCCAUUCUAAAGAAAGAAAUAAUGUAAGUUAACUCCUGUAGUGAAAACCUAACUUGUGUGGUGUUGAACUAUUCGCUGUACACGCUGCAAGGUAACGACGUGCCUUUGACGCUUGCAGUGCUGUCCUGCGAUAUGUGUAGAUGUUCUUCGGUGAAUUCACAUGCACAUACGGUUUCUAGACUCCGCAGCUGCAUAACUUUGUUGAUAAUGGCAGUUUGAUGCUUCAAUGGCAGUUAAAGCAUCAGUUACAUGCACAAUAUGCAAACCUUGCAAGUGCUUUUGUCCACACAGCUCACUCUUAAGUUCAUGGUCCUAGGACUAGAAUCGUAAUUAAGGUGUCAACAUGACAGGCUGGUGACAUUAUUCCAGCCACCUUCCUAUCCCAGCACUGCCCAAGCUUUCAAAACUCGCUUCUCAGCUUUGACAGUUGUAAUAACAAAAUGUGGCCAUCUUGUUUAAGGCAAGUAGGGUAUGUUGGUGGAGGAGGGGCCUGCUUAUCGAAUUUUGCCUGUCAGGUUUCAGGCGUCUUGCAGGUCGUGGGUUGUAGGAGGAGGAGGAAAAGGGCUGAAACCGAGGUUUAGAAAUAGCAGUGCAAGUGAUUGGCUUGCACAAAGCAACGUUGGUGUAAGAAGAAGAAAUGAACAGCGACAUCACUUACACACAGAACCGAAAAUCUUUCGUGCAAAUGGACUAUGGAGUGCACUAUUGUUGGGUCUACAACAUUUCCGAGAUUGUGUGCAAACCAUGUGUGCAAACCUGUGCCUUUGUGGUGCACAGGUUCACUGGGCCUCUCUGUUUCUGGAGGGUGGGGUUUGGGGGGUGGAAAAGGGGAGGUGUGCGCAGCAGUUAAGUGCCACGUUUUCCCUCAGCUGUAUUGUAGUAGUAAAUCCUGUGCCGUGGUGGUCGCACUCGCAUUUCUGCCCAAUCAGUUGGCGUGCCGUACGCAGUGGAACCAACCGAGUUGUCCUUCCGCUCGACUCCCGGGAUGAACGGAAUGCAACGUGUACAUAAUGUAAGGCCUGAGGUGGGGCUAAUAAAAGGCUUCACAGAGAA